AUGGAAGACGAAUUGGCCAAUUAUAAACUACAGUUGCAGCAAGUUGAAGCAGCGCUUCUCGGCGAUAAAAAUAAUGAAGAAUUACUGAAAUUGAAAAGUGAUCUGGAGGAGAUUAUUGCCCUGCAAGAAGAGAUUAAGUCUCAAGAAUCACAAACGUCGGGAAACGCGACCGUCGUCACGCCUCAAGUGAUUCACCAAUGGACGGUUGGCGAGCGAGUGAUGGCGCCGUUGCCGGAUGGCAAACGCGUCUACGCUCGAAUCGACAGUUUGACGCCCGCCGGAAUAGCCAUCACAUUUACGUCAUCGGGACAAAAGACGAUCGUCAAUCCGUCGGAUUUACAACUUCCGCCGGAGAAUCAACGCAAAAAUUAUGCGUUUGAGAAAACGCGAGCGGCCGCCGGCUCGUCGAACGCGGGACACAGCAGAAAAGAAUGGCAAGAGGAACGGGAGCGGCGACGGGCAAGGGCUGCGAAAAAAGAAGCGAGAAGGAAAGAAUUGGAUGCCGUUAAAGAUAAUGAGAAGAAAAGUUGGCAGAAGUUUAAUAUAAAGGCGAAUGCGAAGGGUUUAAAGGGUCUCAAAAGGAUUAGCGCGUCGGGUUCGAGUAAAGACGGCUCAUCGGCGUAUGGUGUGAAACGCGAAACGCAGGUCUCGUCGCGAAGCAAUCAGUUUUCGUUCAAAGCGACACGCGGCGCGAUGGACUCGCUGUUUUAA